GAAAAAGAAAGUACGGCCCUCGAAUCGACGAUGGAGGAGGAGCAAAACAAUCGAGGGAAGGUCGCCGCAUACGGGCACUGGCAAUGUCGCCGGCGCUGGCGCCACGAGAUGGUUUAGGUUUCGAUCGAUGGAAGGGAGAAAAGCAACGGAGACGAAAGGAAACAGAGGGUCGCCGCCGGCAGCUGUGUUUCACCGGCGUCGACGAAAAUGACAAGAGGUGGACUUUUAUUUUGGAGGGGAAAGGAAAGUGGAGGAAGAAAGAAAGAAGAAGGCUGGGUAAGAAGGAGAAGAUGAAAAUCCCAGCCAGCCGUCCCCCUUUUGCAAGAGCCGAAGGGGUCUUUUAUAGGGAAAAAGGCAGCUUGGUCCCCAAGCAUGCUACA